UUGAACUAUAAAGUGAUGUCGUUUGAUGCGCCCAAUCUAUAUCAUACUUCCCUACAACUGACGACAGAAAUCGAUAUUCAUGCUUGGUGGAUAUCUCUAGUAAAAAUCUUUUCCGGAACUUCCUUUCAUGCUACCAGAAUCACACUCAGUGUUCCUCAAGAUCCAAAUGACCCCUUUAAUGGACCAUGGGGAUUAAAGGCAGUUUAUAACAAAACUGGUUCGAUCAGUCAAGACUCAGAUAUUAUUAGUGUAGAUUCAGGAACGGAUGAGAAUAAAGAAUAUGAAGAUGAAAAGGAAGAUGAAACAAAUUAUGAUUAUUUUUUACAUGGUCAUAGUGUACACGAAACUUUUCCUCGUCAUACCCCUUGGUGUUUUGAUAGGUUACAGCCGUUUGAAUCAGAACCUGAACCUUUGAUAAAUAAUCCAAGUGUCACAAAAAUACUCAAAAGAAACGCUCCCGUCGUUUUAUCAAGAGAGUAUCGUAGAAAAUCUGCAACAAAGAGAUCAUUUGGAAGCGAAGACCUUGGUUUAGAGAUAUUCAAAAGAGCCUUGUUAGAUCACACAAACGAAAAAUCCCGUAAAUCAAACUGGACUCUACCCAUCAUCACAACACCAUGUCUAUCAAAGGACGAAGCUAGUGAGAUAUUAGUAGACGGUUCCUCCCUGAUGCUAUUGGAACAGGAUGACGAUAAUACCUCAAUCACACCCGGAAGUACAUUUUUACAAGACUACGAUGAAUAUGAACAGCAACAACCAUCACCAUGGUCUCAAUCACCCGCUCCUUCUCCAGCGAUUAUGGAUCCUGAAUUUAACCCAUUCUUCCAAUCGCCACCUGAUAUAGACGAUGAAGCAUUCAACCCAGUCUCACCCGAAUCUUAUGACAAUACUUCAGCUCCAUUUCCUCCUCCUAUUUCUAACGUACAGUCGAUUGUACACAUACCACUCUUUCAUCCUUAUGGUUCACUCGACCAACUUUCAGCUGCACAGCCUCAGCAACCACAGACACCACAGCACCACCAUCUCUAUACAACACAUACAAACAGUACAACUACGAAUAAUACGUCAACUAAUAAACAGCAACAAAAUAACCCUAUACCAAUCGCUAUUUUAUCCUUUCUGGCACCUAUCGUACCUUAUCCUCCUGUCCUGCUCUCCAGUAUUGCUUCAUUGGCACCAUUUAUCGCUACCAGUUUUACCAACGCUAUCGAAAACGCUCAAAUGAAGAAACAAGGACAGUUUUAUAAUCGCAAAACAAAUAACGGAAAUGGUAGUAGCAACAACGCCAAUAACGAAGCCAAUAGUCGACCCAAAAAUUACCGACGACGAUCCUCUAAAUCCUCCAAGUUGAAGAAACAGCCGGCACCCAACUCGUAUGUACACGAAAAGCGCCCUGAUCAUUUAGGGAGUAUGUCGAAUUUCACAAGAAGUUCAUUGGAAACCGUCACUGAACAAUUUGAUCCUGCUGGUCGAUCCUAUAAAUCGCUUUCUCCUUCUUCCGUCGCUGUGAUGGAAGGUUGGGGUGCCGUCUCCCCAACGACGGGUUUACCCAUUUCUGCUUCAAUCCCGCCUCAUGCCAUGUGUAGCGAUCGAAAAUGCGUCAAACACGCUAAUCUCGAUUUAGAUACCGAUCAUGAUUUAGAUACAGAGUAUGGCAGCGGAGUGACCAACGAUAAUAUAACACCACCAACCGCUAAUAGUAGCAAGCAUUUCUUGUUCAAAAGAAGAAAAAACGCAAGAAAGUCGAGAUACAAGCGAACCAGUAGUGGAAGCAGCAGUAAAUCACUAACCAAGAAAUUUUAUGAUGAUGAUGGAUUUCACUAUCACCGUCAACAACAGCCAAAAAGCGGUGUUGAUCGUUUCUUGGUCGCACCCAAAUCUAGUUUACUGAGAUUGAUUAUUGAUGGUAUCCCCAUUCAUGUAUUUACUUGCUCUACUGCAACAGGCCAACUGACAUGGGUGAAUAAUCGUACUUUACAGUAUACCGGAAAAUCUUUAAAAGAUCAUUUGGGUCCCAAAUGGUUAUCUCAUAUGCACCCAGACGACAGGCCAGAGUGUAAAAAAGCAUGGGAAGCUGCUUAUGAACAUGGUAACGGAUUUGCGGGAGAGUAUAGGUUGAAACGAUUUGAUGGUUUAUACCGAUGCUUUCUGUGGAGAAUUGUUCCACUACGAGAUUUAAAAGGUCGAAUCAUUCAUUGGUUCGGAACAUGUACGGAUGUUCACGAUCAGCAUGUCGCCAAAGAAAGUAAUUUGCGUCAGGUGGAAGUAGAAAGCAAUGAAAGAAAGUAUCGACUACUGGCUGAAGCGAUUCCACAAAUCGUCUUUACUUUUUCACCUGGGGCUGGUUUAACUUACGCCAAUGGAAAAUGGAGUUCCUACUCGGGGAAAUCAUUUUAUCAAACAAGAGGCCUCGGUUUCAUGUCGGCUGUUCAUCCAGAGGAUCGUGCCAAGCUUCAAUUGCCUGAUUUACCUCCCUUAUUAAAUAAAGCUGGCAUUUCUUGGCAGAGUGAAGUAAGGUUAUUAAGCGCUCAAGAUGAAUACAAGUGGUUCCUGGUUAAAUGUGUAUCUGUUGAUGAAUUAGAUACGGGUGAUGUAAGAUGGUUUGGUACUUGUACCGACAUCAACGAUCAUAAGCUACUGGAAAAGAAAUUGAAAGAAGCGCAUGAUGCUGCCCAAAAAUCCACAGAAAGUAAAACCCGGUUCUUGUCCAACAUGUCACAUGAAAUCCGAACUCCUUUGAUUGGUAUCACGGGUAUGCUGAAUUUCUUGCUAGACACAGAAUUGACGGCAGAACAAAUGGAUUAUGUUCACACCAUACAACAAUCAGCUGAAUCACUUUUAGUCGUUAUUAAUGAUAUCUUGGAUCUCAGCAAAGUAGAAGCAGGAAUGAUGAAGUUGGAAUGGGAACCAUUUAGUUUGGUUACAAUGAUUGAAGAUGCAAACGAAUUAUUAUCUACCCUGGCCAUUCAAAAAGAUUUAGAGUUGAGUUUCUGGGUCGAUGAUAAUGUUCCUGAUGUGGUUGUUGGUGAUCGUAACGCUAUCAAAUUCACAGCAGAAGGUGAGGUAUUUACAAAGUGUACGAUUGAAAAAUGUCCACAAUCCGAAUCCGAAAUCAUCUUGCUAUUUGAGGUUGUGGAUACUGGUGCAGGAUUCGAUGCUUUAGAAGAGGCAGUUAUGUUUAAACCAUUUUCUCAAGUGGAUAGUUCCAGCACUCGUAAACACGGCGGUAGUGGACUUGGACUUGUAAUUUCACGACAACUUAUUGAGCUCCAUGGCGGCACAAUGAAAUGUAAGAGUCAAAAGGGUAAAGGGUCAACGUUCUACUUUACCGUCAAAUUUGGCAUUCCAACCGCAGCUACAAAACCCUUACCACAAACACCUCAAAACGAUUCUAACAAUGAUCCCUUUUUCCGGUCAAAUGGAUACGGCAAUAACAAUACAGCACAGGCUAUUGUCGAAGGCAAACAAGAAAAAGAUACAACACCUCUCCCUUUUGUAAAUAGCAACCAUCAAAAGUUUAUACCCUCUCCUUCAACGUCUGAAAAACUUUUAGCAAGCACUGAAGAAAAACGUGCAGAAUCGAUUCAAGAUGUAUUAAUGACAAAGGCAGCAUCCAUGCAACUAAAACCUCCUCCUAUUCGAAAUCCUACACCUUCAGCUAUAGCAGCUGUAGCGGCUGCGGCUACUGCUGCCACUAUCAGCGGCCGAAGUCUAGAACCUCGUAUCCCAACCAUUGGUACAGGGCCUGGAUUAUCGAGCUCGCCUCAUGGAGCUGUGAUAUUGCCGCCCAGAACACCAACUCGAUCAGCGCCUCUACGUGCUUUGAUUGUAUCACAAUGGGAGCAUUCAAGAGAAUCCAUGGUGAAGCAUGUAAAUACAGUGAUUUCUUCGAAUCCCACCUCACUCUCUCCUUCACAUUAUCAAGUUGACACACUUACCAAUCAAUUAGAAGCAACCGAAUGGUUAACAGAUCCUCACACACCAGCUUAUGAUUACAUCAUGAUUAAUUUACCUUCAGAACAACAAAUUUUAUCUUUAACGCAAGCGAUUUGUGGAUCAAUGCAGCAACAAAAGGCUUCUGUUUUGGUAGUAACGACACCCAUGCAGCGAUCAUUGAUUACAGAAAGUGCUAAAGGUCGAGAAGAUCAAGUGAUCCCGCAUACGUGCGGAUUCGUAUUUAAACCGCUUAAACGAACCAAAUUACGAUGGUAUUUCGGUGUACGACAGCAAUUUGAGAUCAAGGUGAAUAGCAAUGGCUCUAUUGCUCAAGGUAGUAGCGCAGUUUCUACUCCUGACACACCUUAUCGAAGAGCUGCAACACAGAAAGAGAUAUUUAGAAAGAUGGAAGCGGACGUGGGAGGAAAAGGAUUCCGUGUAUUACUCGUUGAAGACAACCUUGUAAAUCAAAAGGUUUUAACAAGAUAUUUGGGUCGAGUUGGAUUGGAUGUGGACAUAGCUGUACACGGUGGCGAAUGUAUUGAUAUGUUCCUGAAACAUCCUAGAGACUAUUAUUGCUUAAUUCUUUGUGAUUUAUUCAUGCCUGUCAAAGAUGGGUAUGAAACCACACGUGAAAUUCGGGAAUGGGAGAAAGACAAUCUAGGACCCAACGAAGAGCCUAAACCAAUAGUUGCUUUGUCCGCCAAUAAUCCUGAUAAACCAACAGAAAAGCCUAUUCUUCAAAAAUACACUGUUGAUUUAAACAGUUGUGGACCCAUGGUAUUAGAUGCACUUAUCAAGAUCAAAAACGAGCAAGAUUCUACUUUAACUUUCCGUCGUUCUUGUCGUGAAGGUAUUUGUGGUUCCUGUGCCAUGAAUAUUGAAGGUUGUAACACAUUGGCUUGUAUCUCAAAGGUGGAUAAAGAUACUAGUAAAUCUCUAAAGAUUUAUCCUUUACCCCAUAUGAACAUUGUCAAGGAUUUGGUGCCCGAUUUAACUCAUUUUUAUAAGCAAUAUAAGAGCAUUGAACCUUUCCUUAAGCAAACAAAUCCUCCCACCGAUGGAAAGGAGAAUUUACAAUCAAUUGAAGAUAGAAAGAAGUUGGAUGGUCUUUAUGAAUGUAUUCUUUGUGCCUGUUGUUCCACCUCUUGCCCUUCAUAUUGGUGGAAUCAAGAAGAAUAUCUUGGCCCUGCCGUCUUAAUGCAAGCUUAUCGUUGGAUGAUUGAUUCUCGUGACCAAUUUGGUCCCCAACGUCGUGAAAAGCUUCAAAACAAGAUGUCUCUUUACCGUUGCCAUACCAUCAUGAAUUGUUCAAAGACCUGUCCCAAGGGUCUUCAACCUGGUGCUGCUAUUGCAAAGAUCAAGUUGAUGAUGGCUAAGGAAUAA